GAGAACUGACUUCUGGGUAUUUUUAGGGUGAAGUUUUCUAGUGUCAUUUUCACAACUUUUUAAUCAGUUGUUUUUCACAUUACAAAAAUUGGCCGGUAAACAGCGUUUCCUGUCGGUUCUGACAGCCAUCUGCCAGCUGAUGGAAGCUGUCACGGAUGUCUGACAAGAGGGAAAGUGAUUAUUUCAAAACUCAAGGGAAAGGACCUAUGAAGGUGUCAUACAUUUUCCCAAAUGGGGACAGAUAUGAGGGGGAGUGUAGCAGGUCUGCAACAGGGGUGAUGAUGAGGAGUGGUACUGGUAAACACACCUCAGCAGGUGGUAUCAUAUACACUGGCGAGUGGCAUGAAGACAGAAUGCAUGGCAGAGGGACCAUGCAGCAUCCCUCUGGAGCACUAUAUGAAGGAGAAUUCAAAGACAACAUGUACCACGGCACAGGAACAUAUACCUUCCCAGACGGCUCUACUUACAAAGGUCACUUUCACAAGAACAGGUUGGAGGGAGACGGGGCGUUCACUGACACACAGGGACUGGUUUGGAUGGGGGAGUUCCAUGGCAAAGCAGCACUGGGCCUGAAAAUGCAGCACAACGUUUAGGCAAAACAAGCAUUAUUGUACUGCACUGUAUAAAACACUAUGAUAUAUUCUACAUUAAAAUGAAACUGUAUUAGAAAAAA